GUAUAUAUAUAUAUAUUUAUAUAUGAAACAGUGUCAUGGUUCACUCUAUGGUUGAUGGGUCAGAGCUGAAAAAUUCCCGCUGAAAUCAUCACAUGGCAAGAACACCUGUUCUUUAAAAAAGAAAAUCAUUGACAAAUGAUUUGAAAAAAUUUUCACAAAAAAAAAUUCAAGAAAAAAAAAUGUGAAAUUUUUAAAAGUGCCAUAGUUGAAAGUGGUGAAAUCGUGUGUUUCUGUGUGUGUGUGAUUCAUUUAGAACAAACUUCCUUUGUGAUAAACAAAAAAGAAAGAAAAAAAAUAAGACGGAAAAGAAAACAAAGAAGAUUUUUAAUUAUCAUAUACUAAAUAAAAACGAAUUAUCAAGACUGAAAAGUAUAUUAUUUAUAAAAUAGAAAACAUAAAGUGAAAGAACAAAAAAGACUGAUAUUUAAAACAAAAAAGAAAAAUUAUAUUUUUGAAAAGAAUAAAAUGUCAUGUAACGGAAAAAUUGAAUCUGAGGACGAAUUAAUUAUUUAUAUGGACGAAUUUUCGAGGGGAAAAAAAAUAAAUGAGGAGUCAGGUUUUAAAAAAACGGAACGUCUUUUGGAGACUGAUAAUGUAAAUAAUCCCAAACCAAAUUACGGCCCUGAGAUCGAUGACCUUGAGCCGGAGGAGAAGCCUUUGGACUAUGGACCCAAUGACCGAGGCAUCGAUGACGGUUUUUUGCCAGAACGACCAAAAAAUAAACCGCCGAAAAACUUUCCAUCAUAUCCGCCAACGCCACAACCACAUUAUCCUGGUUUUAUUCCCGGAUAUUUGCCAGGCGAUACUCCAACGCCGGAUGUGAAUGUUUAUCAACAAAAAAAAACAAUUGCCCAGGGUAUGAUGGAUCUUGCUCUAAUAUCAGCGAAUGCAAAUCAAUUUCGUUAUGUUUUACAAAGUAGUGGAAAUCAUCCUUAUUAUUAUCCAUCAUUGGCAAUGAUUGGAAUGAGUCUUAUUUUACAAGUUGCCAUUGGAAUUGGCCUAAUUUGGAAUAGUCGAUAUAAUGUUAAAGUCGAUUCUGAAAUGUGUAAAGCAAAUCGAGCAAGUAAUUGGACAAUUAUUGGAAUUUUCUCCGUUACCGUUCUUAAUGUUUUUAUUUCAUCAUUUGGCGUUGUUGAUUCAAUUGAACAGCCAUCAAUCAAUACCUAAUGUUUAAAUUAUUAGAUAUUUUAUACAAAAACAAUAUAUAUAUAAUUAAUAAAUAAUCAAAUUUUUUCCAUGACAAUUGAAUAUUUGAUGAAAAAAAAAAUUA